AUAUAUAUAUAUAUAUAUAUAUAUAUAUAUAUAUAUAUAAUGGGUAUGGCGUUUCAGAGAGCCAAUGGGAUGUCUAUUAUUCAGGCCCUUGCCAUGACAGUAGCAGAGAUACCAGUGUUUUUGUACACGACCUUUGGACAGUCCACGUUCUUACAAUUCAAGCUCUCUCCUGGCCUCCGGAAAGUCCUUUUUGCCACGGCUUUUGGCACAGUUGCCCUGGCCCUGGCUGCACACCAGCUAAAACGGCGCAAGCACAAGAAGAAGCAGAUUACAGCAGACAAUGGAGGCCUGAAGCCUGGUGGGGUACCUGGCUCUGUCUUGCCUGUCAGGCGUGCUUCCUCUACUAAAAAAGGCAUGGAGCUCUUCGAAGAAGCUUUGCAUAAGUGGGAGCAAGCACUGAACCUUGGGCAAAGAUGCAGAUCCAAUACACCAUCAAAUGAGCUGCAGGACCAAAAUCGCUGUGAGGGCCUGAGUGAGGACUCGCAAAGUAGACAGUUUGAAGGCAGGCUAGAAGCCCUCCUUCAUCGUGCCUACAAUUUGCAGGAAGAAUUUGGAACAAGCAUUCCACCUGAUAAUUUGCUGAUGGAUCUGGAAGGAUCUCUGAUGUUCCCCCUUGUUGAGUGCAGAAGGGCCCUGAUGGCGGACGAUGAAGGCAGUACAACCUCUGAAGACUCCUUUUUCUCUGCAGCAGAGCUCUUUGACACUUUGCAGUUAAACGAGGUCCCAUUUCUGCCACCUAAGCCAGCAGCAGCUUAUGAAGAAGCCCUGAAGCUAGUACACACCGGAGAAGUAGCCUGCAGGACACUCCGAACAGAUUUAUUGGGUUGUUAUAAUGACCAAGAUUUCCUGGCGAAGCUGCACUGUGUUCGGCAGGCAUUUGAGGUCCUGCUUCUCAAUGACAGAAACCAGCUGUUUUUCAGUGAAGUUGGCAAGCAGAUGGUUGCUGGUUUGAUGCAGAAAGCUGAGAAGAAUCCUAAAGGAUUUCUGGAAAAUUAUGAGGAAAUGCUGCGAUAUGCGCUGAAGGAAGACACGUGGCCUACAACACAAAAGGAAUUAAAAGGUCGUGGGGUAGUCUGUAUGAAUUUCUUCGACAUUGCACUGGAUUUCAUUCUUAUGGAUGCCUUUGAGGACCUUGAAAGCCCACCCUCAUCUGUCAUUGCAGUUCUGCGCAAUCGGUGGCUUUCAGACAGCUUCAAAGAGACUGCACUGGCUACUGCUUGCUGGUCUGUCCUAAAAGCAAAAAGGAGACUAUUAAUGGUUUCUGAUGGAUUCAUAUCACAUUUUUACUCCGUAUCGGAGCAUGUCAGCCCUGUUUUGGCGUUCGGAUUCCUAGGGCCCAAAGAGCAUUUGACAGAAGUUUGUAAUUUCUUUAAGAACCAGAUUGUGCAGUAUUUGAAGGACAUGUUUGACCUGGAUAAAGUGAGGUACACCACAAUCCAGUCGCUGGCAGAGGAUAUCCUUCACCUUUCCCGCAGGAGGAGUGACAUACUGCUGGGGUAUUUAGGCGUAGAGACUGUGCGGGAAAUGAAUGGGGCUGUAUCUGUUGAAACUACAGAGGAUGAACUGGGCCUGUAACCAUAGAAUUCUAUUUUUAAGAUAAGGCAGGCCACAUGAACAGCCACAUCCUAUAUCCCAUUCCUUGGCCAAGAGACUGUCUGCACUCCUGCUUUGAUCAAUGCCUGUUUUAGUGCAGAUCAGAGAGGGGCCCCUUGGGCAGAACUUGUUCUUGGUGACAGCACAAAUCAGAUAUUAUUACACUGUGACAACUGGUGUAGUAUGCACAUGGUGUAUGCCCAGUCUGAAGUCCUUCAGCUGCUGUCGAAUUACAACUCCCCCUCUCCUACUAUGGUGCUUUCUUUCCUUGCAACAAAGGCUGGAUUGCAGAACUCUGGGACCCUCAUUUUGGUGUCAACGGUUGGCUGCCAUGGGUAAUUUUUUUGGGGAAGACAAUCCAAGAGAGCAGUGAGGAAUCCUUUCUCAGUUAUUUUUUUAUCAAUCCUUUCAGUCAGGGACAGUUUUAAAAACUAAAAAAAUAGAGUUGUAUCACUGAAGGAGGAAGAACAAACAGCAUUGCGUUUUAAAGCGUUUUAAUAAGGAUUUUUUUUUUCUUUACAACCUUCUGGCUGCCACAAAAUGUAGCUUACACUUCUCCUAUCUAACAUUGCACCUAAAAUGUGAACGUGUCAUUAAAGAGGUGGUUCACCUCCAAUGUAACUUUUA